AUGCCCCCUGUGGCCUUUCCCCGGCCUGGGCAGGACCCCCGCUCCUACCCCUUCGCUCACCAGCAGCAGCCCCAGCAGCCCCAGCCCCAGCCCCAGCCCCAGCCCUACUACCCUCGCCGUGACGACGACCAGGACUCAGAUGCCGGCGACCACUAUUCCAUGAACUCUAGCACCGCUCGCCUCGCUGGCGCGCCCCCCUUCUACGACCAGUCAGCUGACGGCUCAGAGUAUGGCGGCCGUCGCUACAACCCGUCCGUCGACUCCCAUUCGAGUAUACCCAGCAUUUCGCCGUUCGCAGACCCUGGUUUGGCCUCCGCAGAACACUACCCCGCCUGGUCCGCAGACCGUCAGAUACCCAUGUCCGCCGAAGAGAUAGAGGAUAUCUUCCUUGACCUCACCCAAAAGUUUGGCUUCCAGAGGGACUCUAUGAGGAACAUGUUCGAUUUCACCAUGCACCUCCUUGACUCUCGCGCGUCUCGCAUGUCCCCCCACCAAGCUCUGCUGACUCUCCACGCUGAUUACAUCGGCGGCCAGCACGCCAAUUACCGCAAGUGGUAUUUCGCUGCUCAGCUCAACCUCGACGACGCAGUCGGCCAAUCCCAGAACCCCGGUCUCCAACGUCUAAAAAGUGUCAAGGGCGGCUCAAAACCAGGCUCAAAAUCCCUCGACACCGCACUCAAUCGCUGGAGAAACGCCAUGAACAACAUGUCCCAGUACGACCGCCUACGCCAGAUUGCGCUAUACCUCCUCUGCUGGGGCGAGGCAGGCAACGUCCGCUUCGUCCCCGAGUGUCUCUGCUUCAUCUUCAAGUGCGCCGACGACUACUACCGCAGCCCUGAAUGCCAAAACAAGGUGGAGCCUGUCCCAGAGGGCCUCUAUCUCCAAACUGUCAUCAAGCCACUGUACCGUUUCAUGCGCGAUCAAGGUUACGAAGUUGUUGAUGGCAAGUUUGUCCGCAAGGAAAAGGAUCACGCUCAGAUCAUUGGUUACGACGACAUCAACCAGCUCUUCUGGUAUCCCGAAGGUCUGGCGAAAAUUGUCGUUCGUGGUGGUCAACGCCUCGUGGAUAUCCCACCUGCCCAACGGUUCAAUAAGCUUAGUCAGAUCGAGUGGGACCGCGUCUUCUUCAAGACGUACUUUGAGAAACGGUCCAUUGCGCAUCUUCUCGUCAACUUCAACCGGAUAUGGAUCCUACACGUCUCCAUCUACUACUUUUACACAGCCUUCAACUCGCCCAAGGUGUAUGCUCCUCGCCUGAAGAACAACCCCUCUCCACAAAUGACCUGGUCUGCUGUCGCCCUUGGUGGUGCCGUAUCAACUACAAUCAUGAUCCUCGCCACUAUCGCAGAGUUUUCGUACAUCCCUACUACCUGGAAUAAUGCCUCGCACCUUACUACCCGCCUUAUCUUCCUCCUCGUCAUCCUCGCUCUCACCGCCGGCCCGACAUUCUAUAUUGCCAUGGUUGACGACCUUCCAAAUCAGACCCAAAUACCACUCAUCCUUGGUAUCGUCCAAUUCUUUAUCUCCGUUGUGGUCACACUCGCGUUUGGUAUCAUCCCGUCUGGGAGGAUGUUCGGAGACAGAGUGGCAGGGAAGUCACGCAAGUACAUGGCAUCGCAGACGUUUACAGCAUCCUAUCCCACCUUGCCCCGCAGUGCCCGUAGCGCGUCGAUCACGCUUUGGAUCCUCGUUUUUGGUUGCAAGUUCGUCGAGUCGUAUUUCUUCUUGACCUCGUCCUUCAGCAGUCCCAUCGCUGUCAUGGCGCGCACCAAAGUCCAAGGAUGCAACGACCGGUUCUUCGGCGAAGCCCUGUGCACGAACCAAGUCCCCUUCACCCUCGCCAUCAUGUACGUCAUGGACCUCAUCCUCUUCUUCCUCGACACGUACCUCUGGUACAUCAUCUGGAUCGUCGUGUUCAGUAUCGGCCGCUCCUUCGCGUUGGGCCUGUCGAUCUGGACGCCGUGGAAGGACAUCUACACCCGCCUGCCCAAGCGCAUCUAUGCGAAGCUCCUCGCGACGGCCGAGAUGGAGGUCAAGUACAAGCCCAAGGUCCUGGUAUCACAGAUUUGGAACGCGAUUAUUAUUUCGAUGUACCGCGAGCAUUUGCUGUCGAUUGAUCAUGUGCAGAGGCUGUUGUAUCAUCAGGUGGACGGACCGGAUGGGAGAAGGACGUUGCGCGCUCCGCCGUUCUUCACGAACCAGGACGGUGCUGGGUUCAAGGGCAACUUCUUCCCUGCUGGUGGAGAGGCUGAGCGUCGAAUUUCAUUCUUUGCUUCCUCGCUGACCACUGCACUUCCCGAGCCCCUUCCCGUUGAUGCUAUGCCUACAUUCACCGUCCUUGUUCCUCAUUAUUCGGAGAAGAUCCUGCUCAGUCUUCGUGAGAUCAUCAGGGAAGAGGACCAGAACACCCGCGUCACGCUGUUGGAAUAUCUCAAGCAGCUACACCCAGUUGAGUGGGAUAAUUUCGUCAAGGACACCAAGAUCCUUGCGGAAGAGACCGAGGGAGAUGGCACGAGCACCACGAAUGAGAAGGCUUCCAAGACGGACGAUUUGCCAUUCUACUGCAUCGGUUUCAAGACCUCGUCUCCGGAAUACACCCUCCGCACGCGUAUUUGGGCCUCGCUUCGUGCUCAGACCUUGUACCGUACGGUUUCUGGUAUGAUGAACUACUCCAAGGCCAUCAAGCUCCUUUACCGCGUCGAGAACCCUGACAUCGUGCACAACUUUGGCGGCAAUACCGUACGGCUUGAGCGCGAGCUUGAGAGAAUGUCGCGCCGCAAGUUCAAAGUAUGCAUCUCCAUGCAGCGGUACUCGAAGUUCAACAAGGAGGAGCAGGAGAACGCCGAGUUCUUGUUGCGCGCCUACCCUGAUCUACAGAUCGCGUACCUGGAUGAGGAGCCGGCUGCCAAGCAGGGUGGAGAGGCGCGGUUGUUCUCAGCGCUCAUCGACGGACACUCCGAGUUGGAUGAGAAGACAGGCAAGAGGCGCCCCAAGUUCCGCGUCGAGCUGCCCGGUAACCCCAUUCUCGGAGACGGCAAAUCGGAUAACCAGAACCACGCGAUGAUCUUCUACCGCGGCGAGUACCUCCAGCUCAUUGACGCCAACCAGGACAACUACUUGGAAGAGUGCAUCAAGAUCCGCAGCAUCCUUGGCGAGUUCGAGGAGACGUCCGUUUCUGGCCAGAGCCCGUACGCGCAGUGGGGCCACAAGGAGUUCCAGAAGUCCCCGGUCGCCAUCGUCGGUACGCGCGAGUACAUCUUCUCAGAGAACAUUGGUGUACUGGGAGAUAUCGCUGCUGGCAAGGAACAGACGUUCGGUACGCUGACUGCUCGUGCCCUCGCGUGGAUUGGCGGCAAGCUGCACUAUGGACACCCCGAUUUCCUUAACGCGACGUUCAUGAACACGCGCGGCGGUGUCUCGAAAGCGCAGAAGGGUCUCCACUUGAACGAGGAUAUUUUCGCUGGCAUGAACGCCUUUGGACGUGGGGGGCGCAUCAAGCAUUCGGAUUACUACCAGUGUGGCAAAGGCCGUGAUCUCGGUUUUGGCACGAUUCUCAAUUUCCAGACGAAGAUCGGGACGGGUAUGGGUGAACAGCUGCUCAGUCGCGAGUACUAUUAUUUGGGCACGCAGCUCCCGAUCGACCGCUUCCUCACGUUCUACUACGGGCAUCCUGGAUUCCAGAUUAACAAUAUUUUGGUCAUUUAUUCGAUCCAGGUGUUCAUGGUGACUUUGCUCUUUAUCGGUACGCUCAAUAAGCAGCUGGCUAUUUGUAGAGUGGACGACCUGGGCAACGUCAUUGCUGGGCAACAAGGCUGCUACCAUCUUAUCCCGGUAUUUGACUGGAUUAGACGCUGCAUCAUUUCUAUCUUCUUGGUUUUCUUCAUUGCAUUCUUGCCCUUGUUCUUGCAAGAACUUGUGGAAAGAGGUACAGGCAAAGCGCUCCUUCGUCUCGGCAAACAUUUCUUGUCUUUGUCGCCGAUUUUCGAGGUCUUCUCCACGCAGAUCUACUCCAACGCCGUCUUGAGCAACUUGACCUUUGGUGGUGCUCGAUAUAUUGCCACUGGUCGUGGAUUCGCGACAACGCGCAUCUCCUUCAGCAUCCUCUACUCUCGUUUCGCAGGCCCUAGUAUAUACAUGGGUAUGCGGAACCUUCUCCUCUUGCUCUACAUCACGAUGGCCAUUUGGAUCCCUCAUCUCAUCUACUUCUGGCUAUCUGUCCUCUCGCUAUGCGUCGCGCCCUUCUUGUUCAACCCCCAUCAAUUUUCGUAUUCCGACUUCAUCAUCGACUAUCGCGAGUUCUUACGAUGGAUGUCGCGCGGCAACUCGAGAACGAAAGCGAGCAGCUGGUAUGGAUAUUGCCGUUUGUCGAGGACGAUGAUUACGGGUUACAAGAAGAAGAAACUUGGGCAUCCCUCGGAGAAGCUGUCGGGCGACGUCCCUCGUGCGACAUGGAGGACGGUCAUUAUCUCAGAAAUCAUCUGGCCCGUUUGUGUUGCCAUAGUCUUCGUCAUCGCCUAUAUGUUCGUCAAGUCCUUCCCCGAUGAGAAUGGAAACCAGCACCCGAGUCCUCUCAUCCGUAUCGGUCUUGUUGCUAUCGGGCCCGUCGUGUGGAAUGCCGCUGUGCUUAUUUCCCUGUUCUUCAUCGCGCUCUUCUUGGGCCCAAUGAUGGAAUCAUGGACCAAGUUUGGAUCGGUGAUGGCGACACUCGCGCACGUAUCGUGCUUGGUUGGACAGAUCGCCUUCUUCGAGUUCUUCUGGUUCCUCGAACUGUGGGACGCCUCGCACGCUGUCCUUGGUGUCAUCUGCAUGAUCGCGAUCCAACGGACCAUCUCGAAGUUCUUCAUCGCCGUCUUCCUCACUCGUGAAUUCAAGCAUGACGAGACCAAUCGUGCUUGGUGGACAGGUAAAUGGUAUGGUCGUGGUCUUGGAAACUCUGCCAUGUCGCAGCCUGCUCGUGAAUUCAUCGUCAAGAUCGUAGAGAUGUCGAUGUGGGGAACUGACUUCCUACUGGGACAUAUCCUCCUCAUUAUCCUGACACCACCAAUCCUGAUCCCUUAUGCCAACACGCUGCAUUCCACGAUGCUCUUCUGGCUUCGACCCUCGAAGCAGAUUCGCCCCCCUCUGUUCUCCACAAAACAGAAGAGACAGCGCCGGUGGAUCGUCGUCAAAUACACCGUGGUUUAUGUCAUCAUGGUCGCUCUGUUGGCGUCCUUGAUCGUUUUGCCUGCGCUCUUCCGAGACCACAUCAACUUCGACUGUUCUCUCUGCAGGAAUAUCUAA